UUUAUAACGUGUCUCUUUCCAAGCCUGGGUAAACGUGAAAAAUUGCCCAUCAUAAUGCUACUCAAAGACGUCGUUUGCCUUGUUACUGGAGGUCUAUCCGGUCUUGGACUUGCUACAGCCAGGAGACUUCUCCAAAAUGGCGCGAAGGUUGUUAUAYCAGAUGUGCAAGGAACCGAUGAAACCAUCAUGUCGGAGUUUGGCAAAGAAUGUACGUUUGUUAAGGCAGAUGUUUCAUCUGAAAAGGACAUCACUUUAGCUGUAGCAAAAGCUAUUGAGACAUAUGGGUUUAURAAUGCAUCAGUCAAUUGUGCUGGAAUCAAUGCAGGAGGGCUCACAGUAUCUGAAGAUGGACAACCUCACUCAUUAGAACUGUUUGAGAAAGUAAUGAAGAUCAAUGGUAUUGGAACAUUUAAUGUUGCAAGGCUUGUUGCCCAAGCAAUGACCAAAAACGUUCCAAAUAAGGAAGGAGAAAGAGGUGUCAUUGUUAACACUUCAAGUAUCCAUGGAUACGAGGGCGUGUCAGGUAAAGUAGCAUAUUCUGCAACCAAAGGUGCAGUCAAUGCAAUGACACUACCACUUGCUAGGGACUUGGCAAAGUUUGGUAUAAGGGUCAUUUCUAUUGCACCAGGAUUGUUUGAAACACCCAUGUUUAUCAAAGGAAGGCCUGAUCCUGUUUCAAGAGCAGAAYUUACAAAAGAUGUUCCUUUUCCCAAAAGAGCAGGAAAGCCUGAAGAAUUUGCCCAUCUUGUCCAAGCAGUUAUUGAAAAUACAAUGUUAAAUGGAGAAGUGAUAAGAAUAGACYGAGCAGUAAGAUUGGGUAGAUAGCAACAAUUUACUAUACCCAUAAAAUCGAAAGCCCGACACGAAAACGAAUGCGAAGGAGACUACAAAUAUGUAUACAAGACAAGAACUUGUAAAAUGAUAAUAACUAUUAUUAUUAAUUAUCAUUUGGUAUUCCUCUUGAUAA